AUGAGGAUAGAAGGAGAAAAAGGUGUCAAAAACACAAUCCGCGCCAAACCAUUGCUUUGGAGCAUUCUGGAGCAUAUGGGACGUAAGGAGCAUGGAGGGACUUGGCACAUGGACGCAGCUCAACUGGAUACGCAAAGGAAGAAGGAGGAAGCCAUCUUGAAGACCAGCUCGACCAUCUACUCGACCAACCGGUCGAGUUCCUCAACUCGACCGGCCAAGCUUCAACUCGAUCGAGCUGAGAAGUCAACAGUCAAACCCGAAAAAUGUUGCUUCCCCCUUGACUUUCCUUUGACCCUAAACCUAAAUCCUCUUGUAUUUAAGGGCUAA